UUCAUGUUUAUAUUCAAAUUGUUGAUCUUCAUUCUCUAGCUUUUUGUUUGCAGAAAUUCCCCUUCUAUGUUGCUAAUUUACAUUUUCAUGCAAACGUGAAACCACUAGUUACUAAGAUUCAAAUAAAGGUGUUACGGAUAUCUUAGUAGUAAGAUUUUCUCGACUUGUCAAUACCAUUGAAGAGUUGUGUUGAUCAAAGGGGAAGGAAGAAUGGAGAAUGUGAAGCCAGUAAGGAGGCAUUUUGAUUCUCAUUUAUCAGCUUCUUCUUCUUCUGAUUCAUCUCUAGAACUAAGUACACAUCCAAAGGAGUCUCUUGGAGAUAUAUAUACCAAGCCUGAAGAAGAUGCUUUUGUGUCUGCGAGUUCAGCAGCCUUGUCUUUUCUUGAUGUUUCUUCUCAGACACCUCAACGGAGCGUGAUGACUACAUCUCCGUGUGCUGAAACAGGAAAUGUGCUAUCUCCCGAUGCCUUUCCUCAGAAUCUUGAGCCAACGAAAUCACCUCCGUCACACACUAUGGAUCAUCCUCCAGGUUAUGAUCCUAAUCGUAUUCCAAAAUCCAUUUUUUCAAACAGGCCAACCACCUCAGAAUGGAGUACUGCUUCAAACGAAUCAUUAUUUAGCAUUCAGAUGGGAGCCAAUAGCUUCUCUACAGAUUAUUCUCACAUGCUAAAUAAAUCAGGAGAACUUCCUGAGGAAUGGAAAAAUUCAACAGCCAAUCCAUAUUAUGCAUCUGAAGUUAAAUACAAUGACAAUAAGAGCUUAUCUUCCCCUCUUCCCUCUCUUAUCGAAGUUAGCAAAGAUAACAAUAGAAAAAGUUCAAGAACUUUGGAAGAUACUGAUAUACAAGAGAAGAAUGUCGAGAACCCCAAAGUGGUACCAGAGGAAAAACCUGUGAAUAAUAUCAAACAAAAAACAACUAAUAUCAUUGAUGAGCCUGCUGCCACCACAACCAACAGGGCUGAUGAAAGAGUGGUUCCUUCAACUGAGGCAACUCAUAUUUCUUCAUCUGCACAUGUUUCUUCACCUUGCUACUCCGAGGCAAGUGGAAACAGCAGCAGUUCCUUUGCUUUCCCAAUACUAGUAAACGAUGGAGGGAAAAGAAACUCGCUGAAAAGUCCCUCCGAGAAAGUACCUCAAGCUCAACCUCGACCUCAACCUCAACCUGAACCAGAGUUCCAACCUGCAAAGCAGCCACAGCAAAAGCAAUCAGAACCACAGCCGAGAGUAGCAGAGAAAAGUUGGUGUUUGUGGUUCUCUUGUUGGCCUCGCUGUUGUUGAUAUAUGUUUUUCGGUCCCCUAUAUGUUGACAAGAAAGACUAAAUUAUUUGCUCUUCAUCAACGACACUCCUUUUCUGAAAUGAGGAACUGAAAAUUAGGACUGUCUUCAAGGUGAAUCUUGAAUUCUCUUUCAGCAUGUGCGAGCAGUCGAUUUUGAAUAAAAUCGGUAGAGGUCAGUAUAACAAGAUGAUAUAAUCUUAACUAAGAAUAUGGGAAUGCGUGAGGUUGAGGAUCCUUAAUAUUGUAAAUGUUGAUCGGCUGAAUCUUCUUAAAGUUUGAACAUUUUGCCCUCUCAAGAAGUAUUUGAUGAGCGUGCUUGCUUUUACGGAAAAUAUUGGUCUAACAUUCUUUAACUACCAUAAGUUUAAAUGGUCUUCAUUAAUCACAUUAUACGUAUCAUGGCCAAGGAGUAGGUGUGUUUCAGCUAAAAUUGUACAACUUUGUAAAGGUGAGGUUCUUUUUCUAGGAUGAAUAUUUGCAGAUUUUAGUGGCCAACAUAUAGCGGGUGCCAGGCCCAGCAGUAUCCAGCACCUAGUUAGACUCAAGCAGGCCCAAUUGCAUGACAUGACAUUCCAUUGAAGACGCACUAAGCCUCAAUUAAGUACGCUUUUGACCUUGUCAGACCAGGUCAACCCUCAACGUUCAUUUGCCCUGAGACAUCUGCAACAAGCUCACCAAACUUUAAGGCAACGUGCUCCUCCCAACUCUCCGUCAUCCCUCCAUUCUAGCAACACCAGAACUCUGCUGCUUGAAUCUCUCGCUAUUAUAAGUUGUCAUUGCUGACCUAUUUAGUUUUCAUCUUGUAUUGGCCGCUUUAACACACCACUUUAACUCUCCAAACUCGGAGAUGCGCUACUGUAUAACUUUUAACUGCUUUCCUUUUUAGCUUUUGUCCAUUUCGUACAUGCUAAUGCAGUCAGUGAUUAUGCGCGGUAGAUUUUAGAAUCGAUAUAGAUUCAACUCGGAAACAGUUUAUGCUGCCCCGUUAAACGUCAUAUAUUUCGUUCAGCUGAAUACAUCUUUCCAGUGGGAUUUCAUGGCCAUUGAUGGUAGCAAAUUAUGGGGAUGAGCUAGCCAAAAUGUAGCUCGCGUUUGGCCAUAGAUCCCCAAAUAUUUGUUUGGCAAGUCAUUUUUGGGUAAGGAUUUGGGUGAAGUUCCACCAUAUAUUUGACUAUAGUAUUUGAGAAACUUAUUUCACUUUUAAAAGUUACCAAAAAAUGAAACUUGACCAAAUACUAGUUUUUCUACUAUUUGGGAGUUUGGAUUAUUUGCCAAAAAUAUUUAUCAAACAAUGACAAAUUGUA